AUGAUUACAAUUCCGGCAACUUCAUGUAGCCCCGUUAGGCGACAUAUUCUUCCUAGUCGAGGAGAAGCCUGGCGACCUCUUUCCCGAACAACUGCAGUAUUUGCUACGUCAAUUGAUUUGAAACGACAGCAGACGAUCACAACACAACACGAGCAUAAAAAAUUAGACAACGCGAUAUCUGAUCAGUCGAAAGAUGCACAAGAGCAGCGUCCAGCGUCACGAAAGCGAACAUCUUUCCUUUCAAUGGUAUUUCCGGAAUCAGGCAAUGACGAAGAGAGUGACUAUGCACCGUCAGAAGAGGAAGAAAGUGAGGAGGAGGACAACGACUGUACUAGUGACGAGGAUUCUCCUGAAUCUUUGCUAGUGGAGCCACAAGAGGAAACGAUGGAUACUGAAGAAGAUUCGGACGAUGACAUUAGAUGGUGGAAAUCUGACGAAGACAAACGUCAAUGGGAGAAACGAUUCAGACAGGCGGAUGCCACGUUUCGGUCAAAAUUCGGCUUAAGCAUCGAUACGCCAGCUCAACCAGAAAUCAGAAGAAGGUUGAAGUUGAAAAAAUCAUUGAGGACAUCAUACAAAAUUGUGCUAUUAGGUGUGGUAAUAUUGAGUCUUGUUCAACUGGCACUGGUUUAUUCAGCCUCGUCAUGGGCUUUUUCGAUGGUAGCUUGGCAACCGUUUAGCUUUGAAAACGUCACGAAAGACGAGGCUCUUGUAGGUUGGACCAUUGAUGGACACGCUGAUACUGAUGUAACGGUUGCAGCUUCGAAUGCAAGGCUAAAAAUCUCCGAUCAUGUACGGACAGGGCUUUACCUGUGCUCUACACUGUCACGACGUGUCGUGACAUCCGAACGCGAUGUGAUGGUGACGCAACAUGCAUUGCGAGCCUGUGAUAUUGCAGUUACACUUGCACCCCUCAAUUCAUACGAGGCGAUUGAGGCACAUGUUCUUCGAGGUGAUUUGCGUAGUCUUCUUAUGGUCUUUGAUGGUGCCGAUGAAGAUUACAAAGAUGCAAUGAAGUUGGUGCAAAAGGCCGAAGUGGGCUCUUGUAAAUUGAUGCCUGAACCCGAGUUGAUGGAGUAUCUCGACCUUAAGGUGGUUGUAAAUCACUGGACUCAAUUGUAUUCGGAGAUGAGAUUCAAAGAAUUACGACGUGAGGCCAAAUUAAGAGCUGCAACGGGGGAGGUCGGUAACGCAGUCAAUGCGAUGAUCAUGCUAGCGCUUGACUGGAUAAGUGCGUUUAAAGGUAAGCAAUCCGUGCUGGACGUACUGACUCAUCAGCGCAGCUGGACAUUGCGCCACCUCAAUUACCACGUCUCAAAUGGUGAUGAAUCUGGCAAUGAUUGA